ACGAUUUCAGCGCGAUCUAGACUCCAGAGCAGAAAAUGAAUUCGGGCUACAUGGCUAAGGCUGCACCGAUCCUGCUCUUGUUGCUACUCUUUUCAUUCUCUUCUGCGAAGAAGUCCGGCGAUGUAACCGAGCUGCAGAUCGGCGUUAAGCAUAAGCCGGCAUCGUGUGAACUUCAAGCUCAUAAAGGUGAUAGAAUCAAAGUGCACUAUCGGGGACAACUCACUGAUGGAACUGUUUUUGAUUCCAGCUUUGAGAGGGGUGAUCCUAUUGAGUUUGAACUUGGUAGUGGCCAAGUGAUCAAAGGAUGGGACCAAGGAUUGCUUGGAAUGUGUGUAGGCGAGAAGCGUAAGUUGAAAAUACCUGCAAAACUUGGUUAUGGGCCUCAGGGUUCACCACCAACCAUCCCUGGUGGAGCAACUCUAAUAUUUGACACAGAGCUUGUUGCAAUUAAUGGGAAGACAGGAAGUGGGGGAAAUGCAAGCGACAGUGAACUAUAGUCAUUAGUCAAGAAUGAACUCAUGAAAGUAGUUUAUUCUUGUCUGUUUCUUUUCAGAAAAUGCAGUUAGAAUUCAUGAGUCUUUUGACAAGACUGAGGACACAUAUAUUACCAAUAAUCUUUCUACUUGAGCUUUAUAUUUUUGGACGUUAUUUGUGGAUUAGAAUCUUUACUACCCUCUUCAGUGUUAUGGCUUUAGCUUAUGUUAGUGUUAAUGAUUCUCUCUUUCUGCGGCUUGCAAAAUGCUGGCAGCUAAGGAAAUGAUCUUUAUCCCUUGACUUAAUGGGCAGUCUUUUUUUAGCGUUG